AUGGACCCCGAGGUCUCCAUCCUGGUGCGCUGCCCCGCGGGGGGCCUGGCCCGGGGGCAGGUGCAGGCGGAGGUGUCGGGGGCCUACGGGCGCCGCGCGCUGCCGGGCGAGGGGGCCGUGCUGGCGGCGCUGUGGGCGGCCGCGCGGGAGGGGCGGCCCCGGCUCUUCGACGCCCCCAAGUUCCGGCUGGGGGGGGCCGGGCUGGGCCCCGGGGGGACCCCCCCGCUGCGGCUGCGCCUCGGCCUGACGCGCUACCGCGACUUCGUGGGCACCAACCUGGCGGCGCGGGGGCCGCGGCUGCGGGCGCGGGGCCGGGGCCGCGGGGACCCCCAGGCUUUCCUGGCCGACCCCCUGGGCGUGGGGGCUCUGCUGGCUACCGCCGACGGGCGCCUGGUGCUGCUGCGCCGCAGCCACCACGUGGCCGAGGCCCCCGGGAAGUUGGAUGUGCCCGGCGGGCACCCCGAGCCGCAGGCCGUUGCCGGGGGGGUCCCCACCGCCUCUCUCCGGUGCGAGGACCUGCCCCCCGACCUGGUGGUUGAGGAGAUCUUCGCCUCCGUCAUCAAGGAGAUCCGCGAUGAGGUCAACCUGCCCCCAGAGACCCUGAGUCCUCCCCGGCUGCUGGGGCUGGUGAGAAAUGAGACCACGGCCGGACGGGCCACAGCCGCCUUCUUUGUCAGGUGCAGUCUGACCGCGGAGGAGACGAGGGAGCGGUACGAGGCCGGGGGCGCCGAGGCCCACGAGUCCACGGCCGUCGUGUUCGUCCAGGCGGAGGAGCUGUUGGGCCCUGGGGGGCCGUGGGCCGAGCUCUGCCCCUCGGCUAAGGGGGCGGUGACACUGUACCACGAGGUGGGCGCCCUCCUGUGACCCCUGACCCCCACGAAGCUGGAGGCGGAGCCACUUCUGAUCUCACCCCUUUGGGCCAGUGGGGGGCGGAGCCAUCUCAGGCCCCACCUUCAUGGGCACUGGAGGCGAAGCCACUCCUGAUCCCACCCCCUUGGGCCAGCAGGGGGCGGAGCCAUCUCAGACCCCGCCCUCAUGGGCGCUGGAGGCGGGGCCACCUCUGACCCUGCCCCCUUGGGCCAGUGGAGGGGCGGGGCCGCCUCUUCCUCCGCCCCCUCCUGCUGUUGCUCAAUAAAGGCUGUGUUCCCCA